CAACCAACUGCAUUGCCCAACCUUCGUUUCGCCCAUCUCGUCUACCCUCUCGUCUCUCCUCCUCUGCCUGACCCAGUCUAUCUAAUCCGGCCUGAGGGCGCAUCAGAUCUUGUCGGUAUGUCAGGUGAUCCGGCGGGUCAGCAGAGCUUGGUAUCACAGAUUGGAUGCUCACACCCCUUGGCAACUGAAGAAGAGGAGCUGUUUCUGGCCGAAGUGAACAGACUUGUCAACCUUGCUCGGCCGAAUCGAGGGCGACGGAGACUUGUGGGAGUAACGAAGCAGAAGGGCUCAAUGUAG